UGUGUGUUCUCUGAUUGGCCGGGCUCCUCCUCCGCGGUCACGUCGUGCUGUUUGGUGAUUGAUUCGCGCAGAUGGGAGAGCGUUGCUAGAGAGGACGCCGCUGCAGGCAUGCCGUUGGCACGGAGUUUCUCAGUCACCUCCUUGUCGGGACUGGAUGAGUGGGACGAGGAGUUUGAUUUGGAUGAUGCAGUUCUGUUCGAGAUCGCAUGGGAGGUGGCUAAUAAAGUUGGAGGGAUCUAUACAGUGAUUCAGACGAAGGCCCGUUUGACCUGUGAGGAAUGGGGAGAGAACUACUUCCUAGUGGGGCCAUACGUGGAGUCCAAUGUCAGGACACAGGUUGAGCUUAUUGAGCCCACCAAUGCAGUGCUCAGGAGGACCAUUGACAAAAUGAACAGCAGUGGCUGCAAGGUGUAUUUUGGUCGCUGGCUGAUUGAGGGCUCUCCAUAUGUGAUCCUGCUGGACGUGGGCUUCACGGCCUGGUCUCUGGACCGCUGGAAGAGUGAGCUGUGGGAGAACUGUUCUAUAGGAGUGCCCUGGUUUGAUCGGGAGGCCAACGAUGCCGUCCUCUUCGGCUUUCUCACUGCCUGGCUGCUCGGAGAGUAUGCAGCGCAGAGUGAAGACCCUCCGCACAUCCUGGCUCAUUUUCAUGAGUGGUUGGCUGGUCUGGGCCUGGUUUUAUGUCGACAGCGGCAGUUACCUGUAGCAACCAUUUUCACCACACACGCCACGCUGCUCGGUCGAUACCUGUGUGCUGGGAAUGUCGACUUUUACAACAACCUUGCAGAGUUUAAUGUAGAUAAGGAGGCGGGAGAUAGGCAGAUCUAUCAUCGCUACUGUUUGGAGCGGGCUGCAGCACGCUGUGCUCAUGUUUUCACCACUGUGUCUCAAAUCACGGCCAUUGAGGCUGAGCAUCUGCUCAAAAGGAAACCAGAUGUCGUGACCCCAAACGGUUUAAAUGUGAAAAAGUUCUCAGCCAUGCACGAGUUCCAGAACCUCCACGCUCAGAGCAAGGCUCGCAUUCAAGAGUUCAUCAGAGGCCACUUCUACGGACAUUUAGAUUUUAAUCUGGAUAAGACUGUUUUCCUGUUCAUUGCUGGACGCUACGAGUUCUCAAAUAAGGGAGCCGAUCUUUUCCUUGAGGCACUGGCCAGACUCAACUACCUCUUGAGGGUAAACCACAGCGAGGUUACGGUGAUAGCGUUCUUCAUCAUGCCUGCUCGCACCAACAACUUCAAUGUGGAGACACUGAAGGGCCAAGCCGUACGGAAACAGCUCUGGGAUACAGCCCAGACUGUGAAAGAGCGCUUUGGGAAGAAGCUCUAUGAAUCAUUAUUAGUUGGGCAGUUGCCAGAAGUGUCUAAAAUGUUGGAUAAGGAAGAUUUCACCAUGAUGAAAAGGGCCAUCUUUGCCACACAGCGCCAGUGCCUGCCACCCGUCUGCACCCACAACAUGCUGGAGGACAGCACUGAUCCCAUCCUCACCUGCAUCCGUCGCAUCGGCCUCUUCAACAGCUCUCAGGACCGGGUCAAGGUGGUUUUCCAUCCAGAGUUUUUGUCCUCUACCUCUCCACUUCUGCCCAUGGACUAUGAGGAGUUUGUUAGGGGCUGCCACCUUGGGGUCUUCCCCUCUUACUAUGAGCCCUGGGGAUACACACCUGCCGAGUGCACUGUGAUGGGAAUUCCAUCAGUCUCCACUAACCUCUCUGGAUUUGGUUGUUUCAUGGAGGAACACAUAGCAGACCCAUCUGCCUACGGAAUCUAUAUACUGGACCGGCGGUAUCGAAGUGUGGACGAGUCAUGUAACCAGCUGACCUCUUUCCUCUUCCAGUUCUGUCAGCAGAGCCGCAGACAACGCAUUAUUCAGAGGAACCGCACAGAGCGCCUCAGUGACUUGCUGGACUGGAGAUACCUGGGCCGGUACUAUGUAUCUGCUCGCCAUAUGGCCCUGGCGAAAGCCUUCCCUGAUGCAUAUGUCUAUGAGCCCCAUGAUCCCACCUCGACCACAGGCUUCCGUUACCCACGGCCUGCCUCAGUGCCGCCCUCCCCUGCCCACUCACUCCACUCCUCCCCUCAUCACAGUGAGGCUGAGGAUGAGGACGAAAGAUAUGAUGAAGAGCUGGAAGCUGAGAAAGACCGCGUGAACAUCCGCCAGCCUUAUGGUGCAUCCCCCAAGAACAAGAGCCUGCCAGCCGAACCAGCUGAACCAGCUGACUCAGUUGAAUUGCCUGAGAAAAACUGACACUACACACAUGCACUUGCUCAUGCACAUGCUUUACCUCCUUUUGCAACAUUUCUACAUGCACACACACACUGCUAACACACUCCUGACCUUUUCCCUACCUGUUGGUCCUGCAUUUACUGGGAUUGAGGAGUAAACAGAGAUAUUUAUGUGAGAAAGUUAUAUGAUGUAGAAUUCUUAUUACUGUGAGGAGCUACUGUAUUUUAUCAUUAAGACAGAUCUAUUGAUGUCUUCCGCGUGUGUUAGUAGACUGAGAGACUGUACUAGAAAGACAUUUAAAUCUGAACAUGUUCAUUCACUCAAACUGUGAAAGGCCGCUCCAGUAUGAAGUAAAACAGAGCCUGCGUUAACGGCAGCUAGUUGAAUCUCACGGAUCAAAUUAUUGAGGAAAAUCAGCCAGAGAUCUUUUUCUUCGUCCACUUCAGUACUCCAGUACAUUACUUCUAAAAGGUCAGUUAGAAUAAAGCUUAAGAGUAAUUUUUUUCUACCAAAAAUGGGCUUAUAUCAAGACAAGGUAUUUUAUUGCUAAUUAGUAUUGGAGUAUACUGUGCAAUAUUGUUGCAACAAUCUGAUCUUUUUUACUCCUUGCAUGUUCUUAAGCUUGUCCCAGUUUUAUGGCGGUCAAGGCAAAAUACCUGUUCUCUCAAAGAGUUUAGUACCUCAAGAUAAACAUCUUGAUGACCGAAUAAAUCAUUUCUCAAACGUCUGUCCUUGGAGUCUGUUUUCAGCAUAGCACUUCCACAGUAGCACUUCCACAAUCGCCUCGGACAUGACCAGGUCCAAAAUACAAAGAAAGGAAUUCUUGCCUGUUUAGUGGUUUGAGGGUUAGAGAGCUUGAGCUAAAAAGAAGCUACUGCGGCUAUAGUGAAAUAGUAGAAUGUGCAAGAGCAAUUUAUGAACUGUAAUGUCCACACAUACAAUUUGAGUUUAUUUGUGUCACAGCUGUGGAACAGAAAUUAAAGACUAUAUUAUUGUUA